GGUUACUGUUACGUUUUUAUAUAACAUUCAAACCUUAAAACACACAUAAAUUGACAAAAAGUUAUAAUAUUGCCACUUUUAUUUAUUGCGUACUCGAUAAUUUUGAAGCGGUACACUGUAACUUCCCCCCCUCGCGGUUAAUCACUCAGGUUUUUUGUAUGUGUACUUCCGCGUACAAUGUUAUUUUUUUCUUCCCACUGACACACGGCAACUUCGAACAGGAAACCUCUUAGACGUCUCGCCUGUCGUUUUCUCUGUAUUUACGGCAGGGUGUGUCUGGACCUCAGUGCUCUAACCCAGCCAUGAGCAUCAUCGGGGCUGAGGAUGAGGAUUUUGAAAACGAUCUGAAUGAGUACGUGGAGGACCGGUCCAACACCUUUGACCACAUAGAGCAGUUGAAGAGUCGGCCGACCCACCUGCUGGUUUUCCUGCAACAUGUCAUUCUGCAGUUUGACCCUGCUCCCCUGCUCUGUUACCUCCAUGCUGAGCUCUUCAAAAACCUCAGUGCCAAAGAGACCAAAAAGCAGUUUGGGGAUUUUUACACAACCUUCUUGGACAAGGGUGCAGUUCUGAAAGUGGCAGUACCAGCUCACGUAAACUCUGAGUUGGAUCGAUCCCGUCUAGAUGUGCUCACAGAUGAUACCCAAAAGCGCUUCGCUCAGGACAUUCAGAGCGUCCAAGUUGCUGAAGUGGCCAAACAGUUGGAGGAUUUCAGGCAAAAGAGGAUGAUGGGUAUGACCCUCAAUGAGACUGAGCUAAAUGACGUGGACAGCCACUAUCCCACCGACCGUGUCCCAAUGGAGAUGAAGGAGAAGUCUGUUGCUGAGAACCUCCUAGAGAAGAUGUCUGAGACACAAUCAACAGGUGCCUUUGAUGAGGAUAAAUGCCAAACCAUCUUUAAUGCUGUGGUCUUGUACAUGAAACACCUCGGGGUUAAAAACAGGGCAGCUGACAGUAAGAAGUCCAAAGGAGGUUUCUUCAGUAGAAAGACUAAGCCCAAGAUUAAGGAUGAUAUCCCAAAGGCCAAAAUCUCAAGAGUGUUUCCUGUUUUACCAAACUGGAUGGUUACAGUUGAGUCCAAAAUUAAAGUGGAUGAAGACAGGGAUAGAGGGUCAGUCGAUCGCAAAGGUCCUGGCGCUAAAACCACCCCGAAUGACUCUGGAGUUCCCACUAUAUCGUUGAACAAGAAGCAGAGUCUAAUCCCUCCUGUACAACCUGCGGUAGAUGUUGAUUCCCCAAGCAACAACGCCACCAGCACGACUACCAUAGAGUCAUACAGUGAUGCUGUCCCAAGCAAUCGUUUAGAGCUUCCAACUCUGCAAGAUGACUUGCCCUCUGGGCCUGCAGGUGGGCUGAUCGAGCCCAUCUCGCCCAUCUCACCCAGUGACAUCCCGCCUGAGGAGCCUGUGGAGAAAGAAAGACGGAAGACAAGCCCAGAAGGACUAAGUUUUGCUCCAGAGCCUGGCCACUCCCCCACCAGCCCUUUCCCGCAGGUGGAGGAGGUGGAUCCACGGCUGCAGGAGUUUGAGUCUGAUCCACCCAACUGGAGGGAGCUGGCCUCUCCUGAGGCUCUGUCCAGACUGACCAAGAAGGAGACCAAAAUGCAGGAAGUCAUCAAUGAGUUGUUUACAACAGAGCACGCACAUGUGCGAAUGCUGAGUGUCCUUCAGGUGAUCUUUGUCAGACCAUUGGAGAGAGAGGAGCUUCUGACCUCAACUGAGCUGGCCGCCGUCUUCCCCAACCUUGAUGAGAUCACUGAAAUGCACAGUAACUUCUAUGAGAGCCUUAAGAAACAGCGUUUGGAUAACAACUUCAUAGUUAAAUCCAUCAGCACCACAGUGCUCAACAGAUUUGGUGGUACAGAGGGGGAGUGGUUCCAGAAACUGACAGCAAGGUUCUGCAGCCACCAGUCAUGGGCCCUGGACCAGAUCAAGACCAGGCAGAAGCGAGAUCCACGCUUCAACAUUUUUAUACAGGAGGCGGAGAGUAAGCCCCAGUGCCGUAGGCUGCAGCUCAAGGACAUCAUUCCCAUAGAGAUGCAGAGGCUGACCAAGUACCCACUGCUGCUGGAGAAUAUUGCAAAGAACACAGAGGACCUAACGGAGAAGGCAGCAAUUGAGAAGAGUGCAGAGUGUUGCAGAAAGAUCCUCAACCACGUCAACGAGGAAGUCAAAGUGAUGGAAAACCUGUUGACUCUGAGGGAAUACCAGCGCAAAUUAGACACAUCAGGACUAAAACCCAGUAAUGAGCUCUAUAGUGAAUAUAGGAACAUUGACUUGACUCAGAAGAAGAUGCUUUAUGAAGGCCCACUGAUAUGGAAAGUCACCAAAGAAAAGGCUGUUGAGGUGCAAUGUGUGUUGCUUGCGGACUUACUGGUGCUCCUCCAGAAGCAGGAUGACAAGAUGGUCGUCAAAUGCCACAGUAAGAGUAACAUCGCUGCGCAGGACGGCAAGCUGAUGCUGAGCCCAAUUAUUAAGCUGGACUCAGUCUUUCUCCGUGAUGUGGCCACAGAUCGAAAGGCUUUCUACGUGAUAUUUACCUGGGAAAGCGGCGCUCAGAUUUAUGAACUAGUGGCUCAGUCUGUUGGAGAAAUGAAAAGUUGGACUCAAGUGAUAAAGAAAGCAGUGGAUGACCUGAAGAAGAGUGGCAGCACAACCAAGAAGUUGACGGUGGCUCCUGGAGUUGGAGUUGUAGGACCUCCCUUCAGUCCCAUCAGUCUGAAUCCCCCUAUGAGCCCGCUUGAGAAUGGAGCUUUGAAAAGCAGCAGUGAUCAAGAUAAGGACAACUUGAAAGAUAAAAAGUCGACCGAUCCCAGGCACAGGCUGAUUGAUUUCCUCUCUGACAAAGGGUUUGACUUGAUAGGCCACACCAAAAAUGAUCAGGAGAAAGUGGCUAACAGUGCAUUAGAUGAAGUCAUGUCCCUGAAAAGGCUCCUCAUCGGCAGCAUCAGUCUAUCAGAGGACUCACAACCUGAUGAAGAAAAUGAAGUAGGGCAAUCAAAGGGCCCUGGGCAAGAUGUGGAACAGCAUCAGUUAACAGAUGAAAGUCAGACCACGAACGAAGUAGCUGAGGAGACGAACCCCACGAGUACAGACAAAGAAGGUCAAAACCCAAAAGGAGACGAUGAGAGCAUCAGCGCGCCCCUGGUGCUGUCCCAGGAGAGGAAGGAGGAAGUGUGCAGGAGGCUACGCAGCCUGGAGGAACAACUAAAGAGACUACAGACUGUAGAAGAGGAACACCACAAGCUGCAGGAGGCCCUUUCCAAGUUCUCACUGGAGGGGGGCAGCUUCUAGUGACCCACCUUAAUGCCUCCUGCUGGCCGUUAGGUUUUGACUGGUUCUGGUUUGGACUGAGUGACUUUCAGAGGCUUUCCUGGAAAUUCCUAUACCAUCACGCGUCUAUCACCGGACCAUCGAUACAUUUAUUUUUCUUCCCCUCUUGCGUAUGUGUGUGUGGGUGUGUAUGUCAGCUGUUUGCAGCCAAUCAGAAGUUUUAUUUUUGUUUUGUUUUUUUUCUCCUUUUACCAAUUGGCCAUUUAGGGACAGGCUUUGUGCACAGUGCAGUGGUUCAGUAAUGGAACAUGUGUAUGUGUGCGUGCAUGCUGGAUAGAGGGCUAUACAAAAAAAAAAAAAAAAACAAUCCUAAAUUGGGGUUUGAGGAUGCUGUUAGUGAGAGGUGCCAAAGGAAAUGAAGCAAUAUUUUGCUGUUAGUGAGUUGCUGCCUAAGAAAAUAUAGUGAUUUGAGUCUGCUGUAACACACAUACGCAAACCAGAAACAUGCAUGAUGGAAAAUAAUUUACAAUAAUGCCAAAUUCUAAUGUACAGUAAAAGAGAGAGCCUUAAAUGGCCAAUAUAGCAUUAGGUCUAUUGAAAUACUACUACUGAUAUAUAGUGUUAUUUCUAGUCUAUGCCAAAGUCAAACAGAGAUGCACUUUUAAUCAAAACAAGAUGAACGCACACAGUUAUUGCUAAAUAUGUUACUUUUAGCUCUGUAUUCUGUAUGGUUAUUAAGGCACCCCUCAUUAUUGAAACGAUGCAUGCAAGAAAGUGUGUGUGUAUGUGCGUUACAAAUUUUUUAAUUAAGGAUAUAUUUCUUUGGAUGAUUCUUACUGUAAUUAGGUCACAUAAAAAUCAUUUAUAAAUAGUGGCAGUAUAAGUAAUCUUGCUGUUAAUAGUGGAGAUUUGUUUGUAUGUACCGCUUUUAUUUAUUCCCUUGAGUCCUUGUGUGUCAGUGAGCUUCUUCACCUGAGUGAAGCUGAUACAAUGCCAGGCCAGAAACAAAAAGCGAUGUGCAACUGUCGGACAAAAGCGAAGCUGGCGUGUGUGAAGCAGAUCAGAGUGGAAUAGAAAAGUGAAAGAACUGGGAACUGGUUUCAAGGUGGUUGCUUCUUAGAAACCUUUAAUUUGAUGGUCAUGAGAGAGUAGAAAGUAGGAGGUUGGGAUUUGUGCCCCUAUAUUAAAAAACAAAAAAAUACAGAAAAAAAAAAAAAUAUGAAAUAUAUAGAGCGCUCAGUAUUACUACGCUCAUAUCAUUUCAGAAGUUUCAACUUACCUUUAGAGAGGGUUCCCAAAUGCUCUUUCAAAACACUUUAGUUGGGGUUAUACUUUUCAGGCGUAUUAUGAGAUCAGAUUGAUUUAGUAUAUUGAAAAUUUGAGCUAAGGUGAUAUUUUAUUGAGCAUUGACUAUGGUAAUAUAAUUUCUGAUCUGUGGCGUAACUGGGGCUGUGCACACAGGACCAAAGAAGUAACAGCAAACCGCUAGAUCCUCAUUUGUACAACAGCUUUAUUAGUGAUGUGCAUCAUCUGUGUAGUAGUGUGUCACAAAAUGUUGAUGAUGAUGUUGGGAAUGGUGGCUCAGUAAUGCAGUCUGGAAUCAGCAGCCGCUUUUCUUCACCCCAAACACGAAGGGAUUUUAAAAGGACAUUGAAUAAUAAAAACACUUCUUUUUCUUUUUUUUUAAAGUUAAUGUAAAGAAAAUAACAAGAUGAAAAACGUUAGAUUAUUUGGGAUUAGUCAUAAGACAUGAACAAUCUAUAGGACUGGGAAGUUUAAAAUUGAAUGAAAAGGUUGCGCUAUAGAGGAUUAAGAGACGCACCGAACACGCCCCUGGUACUAAGCUGAACAUAUGGGGCUGAUACUGACACAGCAGCAAUACUGUAGCCAGAUGAGGACACAAAGGAAAUGCUGAAGGUCUGGAGGAAGGAAAACUGUAGACUCAUUCAUACAGAAGCACGUCAGGAGGCUCCUGUGGUGCAUAAGAAUGCACGUCAGGAGCACUUCCUGACAUGCAUUCUUAUUGUUGUUGUUGCCACAACAACAAAUGCCACCUUUGAACCUGCUGAACCUCACCGGGUUUGCUCAUUUUGAUCACUUAAGUGUUCAUAGGCUUCAAAGACUAUAUAUGAUUCUAGCAUCUCUCUCCACAUAUUGUUCUUUGGAAGUGUAUAUAAAUGUAGUUUGAAGGCAAAAAAAGACAAAGACAAAAAAAUAAUAGCUCCCCUCUGUGUCUUAAGCUCUUUUUGUUUCUUUUUUUUAGCUACACACUCUUCUUCAUAACACACUCACACCUUUUAAUUGCGUAAUCACUUGUUUCUACUGCACAGUUUUAUCCUACAUUUUGUGUAUUGAGUCACUUAAGUAGGUUGGGGAGGGAGUAUUUUCCACAGACGCUUUUGUAAUUUUUUACUAUGCAUUUUCCACAAUGGUGAGAGAGGCAGGACUUGCCUGUAACUUGUCUUUGCAUUUUGAUGAUUGUGAAUCAAUUGAAAAAAAAAAAUUCAGUGCCAACCAGCUCUGUACUGUGGGUACUAUACCUCAGGCUACCCACAGUGCUUUUUAAGAAAAAUGUAAUGUCAGUGGUAGGCAUUUGGAGUCCAGCUACCACCAGCUGAUUCCUUCAGUCUCCACUGGCUCAACGACUACUACAGGCACUUCUCGCGCUCUCUCCUUUGAAUGCUUUUCCUCAUGUAUUCCAUAUACAAAAUGUAUAGAAAACUUUAUUUAUAGAGUGGUGCCUUGUUCUAACGAUCAAGUUGUUUGCUUCAUAAAAGACUCUUUAGUUGAACACAAUCACUGCUGUCUGUGUACCUCAAUGAGAAAUAUGACUAGUAAGCGGAGAAAAAUCAUGCCAGGAUUCUGAUUUUGGUGGUUUAAGGUUUGAGGGUUGUUUCUAUAUGUAGAUUUAACUUGGGCUUCAUCGCACUAUUUUUGUGUCCAUCUCUAUCUCAUAGUGAGGAUGUAAGCCCUCUACCAACUCAGCCGACCAGUGCCCAGUAUAUUAAAAAAACAAAAUAGACACUGCUCCUUGCCAUACUGGUGUUUGCCACCUUAUCUAUAAACAUUGUAUAUGCAAGAACUAUACUGUGUAUUUGGGUUUGAUUUUUAUUGUGUAAGAUGCUCUUUAAUGAUGUAUACCUAAAGAAAUUUGUGGUACGUUCUAUUUUUUAAUUCUUUUUUUUUUUUUUCAAUAAACUGGGGAAAUUUU